AUGAAAAUAGUACAAGACGAAGACGGUAGGGACUGGAUAUUGGUGGAGCUCAGCCGAAGUUCCAUCGGGCUUAAAAGUGAUUGUGACAUUGAGGUUUUGGCGGGGGAGUGUAGCGUAAGAGGUGCCAUUUUGUAUGCGGCAGGAAAUGGUGUUUCGGGAUUGUAUCAUUACCGGAGGAACGACGAGUCUAUUAUGGAUUCUAUGAAGGCGAUUAAAGGAACAACGGCUGUGGUGAAGCUGCGUUAUAAGACGGCCCCGCAGAAGUACAGGAAGCCGCAGAUGUCUGUGUUUUUGGUGAAGCCUUCCUGGGACGCGUGUGCUGAUGCGCUCUUGAAAAAACAGCGACUGGCUGUCAUUGUUGUGGGUCCUGUCAGCUCUGGAAAGAGUACCUUUGUGAAUUUUGUUACUAACAGGGUCGUGUGCUAUGGCACAGGUCGACGCUACAGAGCCUGUGCAGUUAUGGAUCUGGAUCCAGGCCAACCGCUUAAGAGUGUGUCUGGGGUUGUAUCCCUUUCGCUGCAUGGCGAGCCCGACCUGGGAUCGGACGUGCAUUCGCAUUCUCAAGUCUUAGGAAAAACGAGUCCAAGGGGCAGUGAGAAGGACUAUAUCGUGGCCAUACAUAAGUUGUUGAAGUUGUACCAUAGAUAUUGCGCCCUGUAUAAUCAGCAAGAGAGUCAGGGGUUGCCGCUAAUUAUCAACUGGCACGGAUGGUACACGGGAAUGGGUUCUCAGUUAUUGGACUUGGUUUCGGCAAUGAUGGGCGUGACAGAUAUCGUGAUCCUCAGGAGGAGGAAAAAAACCGUCGACCAUACACAGGGCACGCACCACGGAGGCACAGGACCAGAGUAUACGGGUCCUGGGAAUGCUUCGGGUUCUGGCAGUGCUUCGGUUGGCGACGAAUCUGCCGUUGGUGCCCCGUACCUGUGCGGCAAUGGCUUACCAGGUGCCUCGUUCCGGCCCGGCAGUCCUCACGUACUCUCGCCGCUACUGGAAACACUGCCGGAUUUGUCGUACGUCAGCCUGCCUUAUCUUCGGGCUCCGUCCGCCUCGGGGAAGCUACCGUUCGACAGUCACUAUAUCGAGGGAUUUGAUCUGCCUCUUGAAAGCACAUCGGAGGCAUUGUCACCUUCAGGACCUCGCGGGCAGUUGUUCGAUGCAACUACUGCGAGCGAGAUUGCCAGCACCUGUAAUCGGAAUGACAUCACCUGUAAUCAGAAUGACAUCACGUCGAGUGCUACACCGGCUGUGGGUGUGACGGCCGUUGAGGAGAGUGUGGUUCGAGUUCGAUCUUCGCUGGACUCGUUGUUCCGGCGACGAAAGCGGAUGCAUAUGGUUAUGUAUGCGUUAUUUUCAAAGCGGAUUUGUCUGGCAGAGGUCGGCUGUCAACGGAAAGACUCCUACUUCUUGGAGAGACUAGUCUGCGGAUCGGGUUCGGUACUUAGUCUUAAGAAUGUUCAGUUCGUGACCGACAAAGAAGUCGCCCACAAGGCGUCAUCUGCGGAUACUGUAACAGCCUCCUUCACCGGCAGAGUGGUUUACGUGAUGCACCAGGCAGACCAUCACGACGGCCAGGACUGGCUAGUGUGUCUCGGUGUGUGCACGGCCAUUGACUGGAACAAGAAGACUAUCGCGAUAUAUUCUAAAGAAAAUCUUUCACAACAAAAAUGCUAUGCCAUUAGAUGCUACCCGUAA